AUGACAGAAGAAAAGCCAGUCAAAGGUUCUCCUGCAGAGGCGUCGCUGAAGCCCACGAGCAUGGUGAAGGACCGCAGUCCUGUCUACUUUAAAUUCUGCUCCAAGAUCUUUGGAGUUUCUGCCUGGAAAUGCCAGGGACUACCUGAGAUCUUGCAGGUGCUGGCUGCUAUCAUGGCUGAUGGCGAGAGAAGAGAACCUUUCCAUGUGCUGUCGAGCGACGAUGUCCGGGUGCCCAUAACCUCCAGCCCCACCAGCAGCCAGGCGUCUCCGCCUGGGGAGGAGAAAGACGAGGAUGCCCUCAGCGCUUGUAAAUCGAUCCAGGACAGUCUGGCUUCCGCAGGAUCGUCCACCAGGGAUCCAGCCCACGAGGGAGAGAACCAGGUUCCGUACCCGGCAUUGGCCUCCACCGUCUUCUUCUGCCUCCACCAGACGACCCGGCCGCGCAAUUGGUGUCUCAAAUUGGUUUGUAACCCCUGGUUCGAGCACGUCAGCAUGCUGGUCAUCCUCCUGAACUGCGUCACCCUCGGGAUGUUCCAGCCGUGUCAGGACAACAGCACGUGCAAGUCGGAGAGGUGCGCCAUCUUGGAGGCAUUCGACCAUUUCAUCUUUGCCUUCUUUGCCGUGGAGAUGGUCGUCAAGAUGAUUGCGCUGGGAAUCUUCGGACAGAAGUGCUACCUGGGGGACACGUGGAACCGCCUGGACUUCUUCAUCGUAAUUGCUGGCAUGAUGGAAUAUUCUUUGGACGGCCACAACGUCAGCUUAUCCGCCAUCCGUACCGUCCGGGUACUCAGGCCUUUGCGAGCCAUUAACAGGGUGCCAAGUAUGCGCAUACUCGUCACCCUGCUGCUAGAUACUCUGCCUAUGUUAGGCAACGUUCUUCUCUUAUGCUUCUUUGUCUUUUUCAUCUUUGGGAUCGUCGGGGUGCAGCUCUGGGCCGGGCUGCUGAGGAACAGAUGCUUCCUAGACACCCAUUUUCAAAUGACAUACAACUUGACUUUCCUGCAGCCGUAUUACCGGACGGAUGAAGGAGACGACAAUCCGUUCAUCUGUUCAUCCCACCGGGACAACGGCAUGCAGAAGUGUUCCAACAUCCCCAACCGGAAGGAGUAUAAGGUGGAAUGUACUUUGAGCAUGGACUCGUACAACCCCAAUACGUACACGCUGGAUUUCAGCCACCGGAACUCCUGCAUAAACUGGAACCAGUAUUACAACAUCUGCAGGGCGGGGGAUUUCAACCCGCACAAUGGAGCUAUUAAUUUUGAUAAUAUUGGCUAUGCUUGGAUAGCUAUUUUUCAGGUUAUCACCCUGGAAGGAUGGGUCGACAUCAUGUACUAUGUCAUGGAUGCGCACUCUUUCUACAAUUUUAUAUAUUUUAUACUACUUAUAAUAGUUGGUUCUUUCUUCAUGAUUAACUUGUGCCUAGUUGUGAUAGCAACACAGUUUUCUGAAACAAAACAGCGGGAAAACCAGCUGAUGCAAGAGCAGCGGGCCCGUUACCUCUCGAACGACAGCACAAUCGCCAGCUUCUCCGAGCCGGGAAGCUGCUAUGAUGAACUCCUCAAGUACAUCUGCCACAUUUUCAGGAAAGUAAAACGGCGGACAUUGCGCCUCUACAACAACUGGCAGAGCAAGCGGCGGAAAAAGGUCGACCCCAACAGCGGCGCCAACGGGCAAGGCCACCGGAGCAAAAAGCGCAUCACGUCCAUCCACCACCUGAUCCACCACCAUCACCAUCACCACCACCACCACUACCACAUCAGCAACGGAAGCCCCCAAGGGCCGUGCUCAAACCCAGAGAUCUGCGACCUGGAGUUGAAGGUCAUGAAACCUGGAAGCCAACUCAUGCUUCCGCCGCCGUCCCCCAAUGUCCGGAGCUCCUCAGCGCCGGACUCGGAGUCUGUACACAGCAUCUACCACGCCGACUGCCACGUGGAAGGGGCUCAGAUGACAUGCAAGUCUUCCAACGUCUCGGCAAGCAUCAAGCUCACCAACCGCGGCAACAUGAACUACCCCACCAUCUUGCCUUCUCCCGCUAGCAGGGGUGUGGUCGCGCCGGUGUCCAAAGGGAAGAAAAAUGGUGGCAGCAGCAGCGGCACCCCUGUGGCUAUGGUCAACAGCCCGGUUCACUUGAAUGUGGAUCCUUACGGGAAACUCCAUCAUUUGGUAGGAGAACGUGGUCUUUGCCGGACGUCCAGCAGGCUGUCCGGUUUGAACGUGCCAUGCUCCUUGCCCAGCCCGCAGGCCAGCAUCUUGAACUGCGAGCUGCAGAACUGCCCGUAUUGUGCCAGCAUUUUGGAGGACCCCGAGUUUGAGUUCAGCGAGUCAGACAGCUACGAGUCCGACGAGGACAACGCCGGGGUCUACGAGUUCACCCAGGAUGUGAAGCACGGGGACCAGCGAGACCAGAUCCAGCAGCAGAGGAACAAGAAGAAGAAAAAGAAGAAGAAGAAGAAACCAAAGGAGAGGAACAGAGUCUCCCGGCUUUGGAAGGCCUUCGGCAACAAGCUGAAGAGGAUCGUGGAGAGCAAGUACUUCAACCGCGGGAUCAUGAUCGCCAUCUUGAUCAACACGUUGAGCAUGGGCAUUGAGUAUCAUGAGCAGCCAGACGAGUUGACCAACGCUCUGGAGAUCAGCAACAUCGUCUUCACCAGCAUGUUUGCCCUCGAGAUGCUCCUCAAGCUGAUGGCCUUCGGCAUCUGGGGCUACAUCAAGAACCCCUACAACAUCUUCGAUGGCAUCAUCGUUGUGAUCAGCGUCUGGGAGAUCAUCGGCCAGUCGGACGGAGGCCUCUCCGUGCUGAGAACUUUCCGGCUCCUCAGGGUCCUGAAGCUGGUGCGGUUCAUGCCGGCCCUCCGGCGCCAACUGGUGGUCCUGAUGAAGACGAUGGACAACGUGGCCACCUUCUGCAUGCUGCUCAUGCUCUUCAUCUUCAUCUUCAGCAUUCUUGGCAUGCAUCUUUUUGGGUGCAAGUUCAGCUUGAAAACAGAUACGGGGGACACCAUCCCGGACAGAAAGAACUUUGAUUCCUUGCUCUGGGCCAUCGUCACAGUCUUUCAGAUCCUCACCCAAGAAGACUGGAACGUGGUCUUGUAUAACGGGAUGGCCUCCACCUCUUCCUGGGCAGCCCUCUACUUCGUGGCCCUCAUGACCUUCGGCAACUAUGUGCUCUUCAACCUCUUAGUCGCCAUCUUGGUGGAAGGUUUCCAAGCGGAGGGUGACGCCAACCGGUCUGACACAGACGAGGACAAAACGUCGAUCAAUUUCGAAGAGGAUUUUGAGAAGCUGAAGGAGCUACGAGCUUCAGAGAUGAAGAUGUACUCCCUGGCAGUCACACCCAAUGGCCACCUGGAAGGCAAAGGGAGUAUGCCCCCUCCGAUCAUCAUGCGCACCGCCGCCACGCCCAUGCCCACCCCAAAAUGCUCCCCGCACAUGGACUCUGUUCACCCCUUUGCGGAUUCCAGGAGAGGGAGCAACGCAUCUCUUGACCCCUUGAGCUUCGACCAAAAGUCCCUGUCCAGCCUCCGCAGUACUCCCUGUGCAAACUGGGGUGCCGGCAGCAACUGGGGCAGCCGCCGCUCCAGCUGGAACAGUUUGGGGCGGGCCCCGAGCCUCAAGAAGAAGAGCCAGUGUGGGGAGCGGGAGUCCUUGCUCUCCGGCGAAGGGAAAGGGAGCACUGAUGAUGAAUCGGAGGACACCAAACUCAGCGCCGUCAGCCGCCCCCCUGUGCACCGCCGGGCGGAGUCGCUGGAUUGCCGAGGGGCCCUGGACCUGCCGGAGCUGCUCCAGGUGCCUGGCAUGCGCCAUUCCUUGAGCGUCAGCCCGGUGGCCAUGGUGCCCGCCGAGUACCAGGACUGCAACGGCAAGAUGGUGCAUGUGCCCAGCGAGUUCUACCUGCACAUGGACGGCCACAAGGACGAUCCCCUGGAUUACGACGACGACCUGGAGGAUAGUUACUGCUACCGGAUUCGGAAGGUUUUGGAGCCCUUGAAACCCGAGUGGUGCCGGACGCAUGAAGAUUGGUCGCUCUACCUGUUUUCACCGCAGAAUCGGCUUCGGGCCACGUGCCAGAAGGUUAUCGCUCACAAGAUGUUUGACCACGUGGUUCUGGUUUUCAUCUUCCUGAACUGCAUCACCAUCGCAUUGGAGAGGCCGGAUAUCGAUCCCAACAGUACGGAACGGGUCUUCCUGAGCGUCUCCAACUACAUCUUCACAGCCAUCUUUGUUAUCGAGAUGAUGGUUAAGGUCAUAGCUCUGGGUUUUUUCUCCGGGAAACACACCUACCUCCAGAGCAGCUGGAACGUGCUGGAUGGCAUCCUAGUCUUCGUCUCCAUCAUCGACAUCAUCGUUUCCAUGGCGUCUGCGGGCGGAGCUAAGAUCCUGGGUAUCCUUCGUGUCCUCAGACUCCUGCGCACUUUGAGGCCUUUAAGAGUUAUUAGCAGAGCACCGGGGCUGAAACUCGUAGUAGAAACGCUGAUAUCCUCCCUCCGGCCUAUUGGCAACAUCGUGCUCAUUUGUUGUGCAUUUUUCAUCAUUUUCGGCAUUUUGGGAGUGCAGCUAUUCAAAGGCAAAUUCUACUACUGCGAAGGGCCCGAUAUCCGGAACAUCUCCACGAAAACGGACUGCAACAAUGCCCACUACAAAUGGGUCAGGCGGAAGUACAACUUUGACAAUUUGGGGCAGGCCCUGAUGUCUUUGUUUGUUCUGUCCUCCAAAGAUGGCUGGGUGAACAUCAUGUACGACGGCUUGGAUGCGGUGGGCAUCGACCAGCAGCCCAGCCAGAACCACAACCCGUGGAUGCUGCUCUACUUCAUCUCCUUCCUCCUGAUCGUCAGCUUCUUUGUGCUCAACAUGUUCGUCGGGGUGGUGGUGGAGAACUUCCACAAGUGCCGGCAGCACCAGGAGGCCGAGGAGGCCCGCCGGCGGGAGGAGAAACGCCUGCGUCGGCUGGAGAAAAAGCGUAGGAAAGCUCAGCGGCGACCAUACUACGCAGACUACUCACCGGUGCGAAAGUACAUCCACACUCUCUGCACGAGUCACUAUUUGGAUCUCUUCAUCACCUUUAUCAUUGGGGUCAACGUCAUCACUAUGUCCAUGGAACACUUCAACCAACCGAAGUCAUUGGACGAAGCACUAAAAUAUUGCAACUACAUUUUCACCAUCGUGUUCGUGGUUGAAGCCGUGUUGAAGCUGGUAGCCUUCGGAUUACGGAGAUUCUUCAAAGACAGGUGGAACCAGCUCGAUCUCGCCAUCGUCCUGCUGUCCAUCAUGGGGAUCACCUUGGAGGAAAUCGAAAUGAACGCCGCCCUCCCCAUCAAUCCAACCAUCAUCCGCAUCAUGCGGGUUCUCCGGAUCGCGAGAGUACUGAAGCUGCUCAAGAUGGCGACGGGGAUGCGGGCUCUGCUAGAUACGGUGGUCCAAGCUCUGCCCCAGGUGGGCAAUCUGGGUUUGCUCUUCAUGCUCCUGUUUUUUAUCUAUGCUGCCCUGGGAGUGGAGUUAUUCGGGAAGUUAGACUGCAGUGAGGACAACCCUUGUGAAGGCCUGAGCCGCCAUGCGACCUUCAACAACUUCGGCAUGGCGUUCCUCACCCUCUUCAGGGUGUCAACCGGAGAUAACUGGAACGGGAUCAUGAAGGACACCCUGCGGGAAUGUCACCGCGACGACAAGCACUGCCUCACCUACCUGCCCAUCAUCUCCCCGGUCUAUUUCGUCACCUUUGUCCUCAUCGCCCAGUUCGUCCUGGUCAACGUGGUGGUGGCCGUCCUGAUGAAGCACUUGGAGGAGAGCAAUAAGGAGGCCAAGGAGGAUGCCGAGAUGGACGCCGAGAUCGAGCUGGAGAUGUCCCGGGGGUCUACAGUUAAGUCUACAUCAAGCCAAGCUGAGUCCCAGGUUCAGUCCCCGGCAUCUCCAAACCUCCUGAUGGUCCGCAAGAUCUCCGUGGCCAGGAUGCACUCCUUACCCAACGACAGCUACAUGUUCCGGCCAGUGAUCCCAGCAAAGGCCCCGUACCCGCUGCACGAGGUGGAGCUGGAGGCCUACUUGCAUAAGUCGCCCAGAGGAUCCAUCACUUCUGUCCGUUCCCAGCCGGUGGAGACGUGCUCUUCUCUGACCGUCCCUCGGGAGGUCCUUCGCCCAACGACC